UUAUUUCCCGCUGUCAGGAUGAGGAGGCGGAGGUCGGAGCUCGGGUCCGUCUCUGCCCGCGACUGUGGCGGCGCCGGCGGCUCAAGCCUUAGCGGUUCCUCCCUGGGCGGCGGCGGCGGCGGCGGCGGCUCGGUCGACGCCUCCCCCGCCAGCUGAGCCCGCGCGGGAGCCCGAGACGCCGCUUCCCCGCCCAUCCCCGCUCCCCGAGGCCGGCCGCCCGGCCAUGGCGCAGCCGGGCCCGGCUCCUGAGCCUGACGUUUCUCUUCAGCAACGGGUAGCAGAAUUGGAAAAAAUUAAUGCAGAAUUUUUACGUGCAAAGCAGCAGCUUGAGCAAGAAUUUAAUCAAAAGAGAGCAAAAUUUAAAGAGUUAUAUUUGGCUAAAGAGGAGGAUCUGAAGAGGCAAAAUGCAGUUUUACAAGCUGCACAAGAUGAUUUGGGACAUCUUCGGACACAGCUGUGGGAAGCCCAAGCAGAGAUGGAAAAUAUCAAGGCCAUUGCCACGGUGUCUGAGAAUACCAAACAAGAAGCUAUAGAUGAAGUGAAAAGACAGUGGAGAGAAGAAGUUGCUUCACUUCAGGCUGUUAUGAAAGAAACAGUUCGUGACUAUGAGCACCAGUUCCACCUUAGGCUGGAGCAGGAGCGAACACAGUGGGCACAGUAUCGAGAAUCUGCAGAGAGGGAAAUAGCUGAUUUAAGGAGAAGGCUGUCUGAAGGUCAAGAGGAGGAAAAUUUAGAAAAUGAAAUGAAAAAGGCCCAAGAGGAUGCUGAAAAACUUCGGUCAGUUGUGAUGCCUAUGGAGAAGGAAAUUGCAGCUUUGAAAGAUAAACUGACAGAGGCUGAGGACAAGAUUAAAGAGCUGGAGGCCUCAAAGGUUAAAGAACUGAAUCAUUAUCUGGAAGCUGAGAAAUCUUGUAGGACUGAUUUAGAAAUGUACGUGGCUGUUUUGAAUACUCAGAAAUCUGUUUUACAGGAAGAUGCUGAGAAACUUCGGAAAGAAUUGCAUGAAGUUUGCCAUCUCUUGGAGCAAGAGCGACAACAACACAACCAGUUGAAACACACGUGGCAGAAGGCCAAUGACCAGUUCCUGGAAUCUCAGCGUUUGCUGAUGAGGGACAUGCAGCGAAUGGAAAUUGUGCUAACUUCAGAACAGCUCCGACAGGUUGAAGAACUGAAGAAGAAAGAUCAGGAGGAAGAUGAACAACAAAGACUUAGUAAGAGAAAGGAUCACAAAAAAACAGAUGUUGAGGAAGAAGUGAAAAUACCAGUAGUGUGUGCUUUAACUCAUGAAGAAUCUUCAGCCCAGUUAUCAAAUGAGGAGGAACAUUUAGAUAGCACCCAUGGUUCAGUCCAUUCUUUAGAUGCAGACUUACUGUUGCCAUCCGGGGAUCCCUUCAGUAAAUCAGACAAUGACGUGUUUAAAGAUGGACUCAGGAGAGCACAGUCUACAGACAGCUUGGGAACCUCAGGCUCACUGCAAUCCAAAGCUUUAGGCUAUAACUACAAAGCCAAAUCUGCUGGGAACCUGGACGAGUCAGAUUUUGGACCAUUGGUGGGAGCAGAUUCGGUGACUGAGAACUUUGAUACUGCCUCCCUUGGGUCACUGCAAAUGCCAAGUGGGUUUAUGUUAACCAAAGAUCAGGAAAGAGCAAUCAAGGCCAUGACACCAGAACAGGAAGAGACGGCAUCCCUCCUGUCUAGUGUCACACAGGGUAUGGAAAGUGCUUACGUGUCUCCCAGUGGUUACCGCUUAGUCAGUGAGACGGAAUGGAAUCUCCUGCAGAAAGAGGUACAUAAUGCUGGAAAUAAACUUGGUAGACGUUGUGAUAUGUGUUCCAAUUAUGAAAAACAGUUACAGGGAAUUCAGAUUCAGGAGGCUGAAACAAGAGACCAGGUGAAAAAACUACAGGUGAUGCUAAGGCAGGCAAAUGACCAGUUAGAGAAGACAAUGAAGGACAAACAGGAACUGGAAGACUUCAUAAAGCAGAGUACUGAAGAUUCAAGCCACCAGAUAUCUGCACUUGUCCUAAGAGCCCAAGCAUCUGAGAUCUUACUUGAAGAGUUACAACAGGGGUUUUCCCAGGCAAAGAGGGAUGUUCAGGAACAGAUGGCAGUGCUGAUGCAGUCACGGGAACAGGUUUCAGAAGAGCUGGUGAGGUUACAGAAAGAUAAUGACAGUCUUCAGGGAAAGCAUAGCUUGCAUGUGUCAUUACAACAAGCAGAAGACUUCAUUCUCCCAGACACUAUAGAGGCACUCCGGGAGUUGGUAUUAAAGUACCGCGACAACAUCGUUAAUGUGCGGACAGCAGCAGAUCACAUGGAAGAAAAGCUGAAGGCUGAAAUACUUUUCCUGAAAGAGCAGAUUCAAGCAGAACAGUGUUUAAAAGAAAAUCUCGAGGAAACUCUGCAGCUAGAAAUAGAAAAUUGCAAGGAAGAAAUAGCUUCCAUUUCUAGCCUAAAAGCUGAAUUAGAAAGAAUAAAAGUAGAAAAAGGACAGCUGGAGUCCACAUUAAGAGAGAAGUCUCAACAGCUUGAGAGCCUUCAGGAGAUGAAAGUCACUCUGGAAGAACAGUUAAAGAAAGAAACUGCUGCUAAGGUUACUGUCGAACAACUAAUGUUUGAAGAGAAGAACAAAGCUCAGAGGUUGCAGACAGAACUAGAUGUCAGUGAACAAGUCCAGAGAGAUUUUGUAAAGCUUUCUCAGACCCUUCAGGUGCAAUUAGAGCGGAUCCGGCAAGCAGACUCCUUGGAGAGAAUCCGGGCAAUUCUGAAUGAUACCAAACUGACAGACAUUAACCAGCUCCCUGAGACAUGACACCCUCAUGGCAGGACUCUAGCCUGCACUUUGGGUUUUUAACUCAUCUUUAGAACAACAUUAAUUAUUAUUUAACUCUUAACUGAAGAAGUCACACACACAAAAAAGGAAGACUGGAGAAAUGCUUAAUUCUAGUGGGAGAAGACUGUGCAGCACAGGAAGAGCAAACAGCCAGGGUAAUUUGCAGCAAAAAGACCUUUCAAAUGGGAACACUAACCAGACUCCAGACUUGAUUCCAGCAAGUGUGGGAUCAGAUUUGGUGAUGGAGAAAGUGCUGUUUCCUUGCCUGGUUUAUCCAACAUUUCCCUACCCUAAAGCACCAUCCCAGUAGUGUUUGAAAUGACAUUUCCUGUUCAUAGAUGUUGGAAGAGAGAAUUUUUUUUUCUGUUGUCUAGAGUUCAUGAGUAACAGUAUUCAGCUAGCAGACAGAGGUGUAGUAUGCCGUAUGAAUAUUUUAUAUUAAAAUAUGACGUUUGAGAGCAGGCCAUUGGCUAGUGACUGUAUUUCCUAGCUCAGUGUAUUUUUUUUUUUUAACCAUUUUAUCUUGUGUUGGAGGACCUUAAAUGCUACUGAAACUUGCCUGAGAACCAUAAGACGGUGGCAAAUACCCAAUUCAAUUGAAUUGGAACUGAAUUAAUUAUGAGAAUUUGAAAACUUGACUGGGCCUAUAUGUAUUGGAAGUUGAGGUUAAAGGAAAAGCACAAGAAACUGUUUGGAAGCACUUUUUCUGCUACCUGGGUAAGUUUCGCGGACCCACAGGUACCAUGGUCAAGCUGAACUGACACCGUCUACUCUUUUGAAAACUGUUUUAGUUUUUAGUUAUUGGAUCAGUGGAAAAAAUAUUAAUAAAACAAGCUAUGUCUGACAACAUCUAGUAUAAA